AUGCCCGCUCCGUCUUCUACAGCCAAGAAUGCUCACUAUGCCAAGUUUGCUACUACUUCGCGUCUUAUCGCUUCUCUGACCACGGAAGCAUUGGUGGGAGCUUUCUAUGUACCGGCAAAAUCCUCUAUGUCUGAAGUGACGGGUCUCUGUAUGUUAUUGCGAAGCACAUGUGAUCCGAAAGUCUGCCCGUCAUCUGUCGAAUUGUCGGAUAUUUUGGCUCUGGUUCCCUUGAAAGGCGUUCCCAUUCUUGCCGCUGAUAAGAAACAGUUUGCUUCACUGAACGGUAUCACAUGCCCGAGAAUCGAACUUGUGGAUGGCUGGGAUAUGCUUCCUCACAUUUACAGUAUCUUGGAAACCGAUGAUGCCAACGAGACGUCGGUGUUGCCCCCGCUACCGGAAGCUCAGCUUGUCCGUGCCGCCACCCAGGAAACUCUUUCCCUUGUCUGUCGUGGUGUAAAACUCCACCAAUUGCGGGAUGGCUUCGAUGCAGUGCAGCUGUGGAACCAAUUCGCGGCUGAUUAUGGAGUCAACCACAAACUGAGUGAGCAAAUUGCGCAAGAAUUGGGAAGCUCCAUGUUGCAUCAAGCACACACGUAUGACCAUCCCAAACCGUUGCCUACCCUUGCUUCGUCUACCAUCCACUGGGAACAAGUCAUUCUCGAAGGCCAUGCCACGCAUCCCAUGCACAAAGCCCGCAAAAGCUUCCCUCCCAUGCCGCCUUUGAAUCCUGAGCAUGUGAAUUUGGAGCAACCCAAGUUGCGUUUGGUGGCCGUGCCGCGAACUUCCAUGAAAGUGCGUGGUGAUUUUGACGCCUUAUCUGCGCCUUUGGUUGACAUCAUGUUGGGCAAGGGAAAUGAUCAAGUCACAGGUCAACUCCGUCGCCAGUACGCCGAUCAUGUCCUUAUUCCCAUCCACGAAUUGCAAGUGCCCAAUAUUCAACAAAAAUUCCCUGACGCCGUCGUGCUAUCGUCUCAGCACGAAGUACCCGUGUACAGCUUGACUUCCAUUCGAUCGGUGGCCGAGCCGGAUAUUCUCCCCGGUCUGAGUGUCAAAUUGUGUUUAGGUAUCAAGGUAUCUUCCGCGCUUCGCACUAUUACUCCGUUCACUACCCAUUUUGGCCCUGGUUUCUCCCGUGACGUGGUCCCCAAGUUGAACUAUAACCACAAGGUGUUGACGGUGGAACGUGAACUGGCCAGUGCGUGCUAUGUUCACGAGGAUUUUGAUGUCGCCAAGCAUUGCAGCUGCGUGCUCCGUGAAGCAGUGGAGUAUGCCAAGGAUAACAACGACACCAUUGUGCCUUGUGCUGCUUUGGUCGAGAAGAUCCAAAAGCCCGAUACCGAUGAAACCUUGGUUACCCAUGUGUGGGGCUUGGACACCGAAGAGAAACGCAUUGCUUUCUUGGACCGCUACAUUAAGAUUGCUCUUGAAGCGUUUUUACCCCCUGCAUUGAACAAUGGUGUCGCCUUUGAGGCCCACGGUCAGAACACGCUGGCGCGAUUUGACCGUGAAACGGGUGAGCUCAAGGGCUUUGUGAUUCGUGACUUUGGGGGUAUCAAGGUCCACCGAGAAACUUUGAGAAAAACCACAGGCACUGAUAUCGAUGUCAUUCCGGACAGCUGCGUUGUUGCAGAAACCUUGGAAGAGGUGUAUAAACUGAUUUAUCAUACCCUGAUUCAUUCCCAACUUCAACGUCUUAUUCGUGUAUUGGAUUUGCAUUACAACGGUAAAGGAUGGGAGCUCUUGAGAACCCAUAUGGCGGCAAUGGUGCCCAAGGAUCACCCCAUGUGGGCCGUGUUUAUGGACAGCACAAAGGUACCCGGCAAGUGUAUGGUUCGAAUGAAGAUUGAAGAACUUUACCGUGACUACAUUUAUAGCCCAGUGCCAAAUGUCAUUCAUUACCGACCUCAGUCAGUGGAGGAUUUUGCGUAA